GAGCUGAAGGAUCGUAAGGAGGAUGCAAAAGUGAUGGAGGACGAAGGGCAGACCAAAAUCAAACAGAGGCGCAGUCGGACCAAUUUCACCUUGGAACAGCUAAACGAGCUGGAGAGACUCUUCGAUGAGACGCAUUACCCGGACGCUUUCAUGCGGGAAGAGUUGAGCCAGAGGCUGGGACUCUCCGAGGCCCGAGUGCAGGUUUGGUUUCAAAAUCGAAGAGCUAAAUGUAGGAAACAAGAGAAUCAGCUACAUAAAGGCGUGCUAAUAGGGGCAGCAAGCCAGUUUGAAGCUUGUAGAGUCGCACCAUAUGUCAACGUAGGCGCACUGAGGAUGCCAUUUCAGCAGGUUCAGGCUCAGCUGCAGCUGGACAGCGCCGUGGCAGCGCACGCGCACCACCACCUCCACCCGCACCUGGCGGCCCACGCCCCCUACAUGAUGUUCCCCGCGCCGCCCUUUGGCCUUCCGCUGGCCACGUUGGCCGCCGAGUCGGCCUCGGCCGCUUCUGUGGUGGCGGCCGCCGCGGCGGCCAAGACCACCAGCAAGAACUCCAGCAUCGCAGACCUCAGACUGAAAGCCAAAAAGCACGCGGCGGCCCUGGGACUGUGA